GAAUCACAGUAAACACAAGGGCGGAAGUGCGAACUUGUGGAGAAUCACUCUGGCCGGCUUUGAAAUGAACUUUCUGAUCUGAAUGUUACAAUCGAUGAGACUGAGGUCAAAAGGAAUAAGGGAAUUUUGCGUGGUCUCGAAAUCCCAGCAAGGUCAGCAUUUGCUGCCCUACCUCAUGCCCCUGAGAUGGAACUGAUGGUCUCCCAAGGCCGUUUCCGCAGGGACACUUCAGCCUCUCAUUCUCCAGCGAUAACCGCUGAACCUGAACCAUGCCUCGGACACAACGCAGGAAACCCAAAACCCUUUCGGCACUGGGAAAGGAGACCAUCUGUACCUUUCUGAAGAGAAAUGAUGAAAACCCACCAACCGCUCCAGUUGGGAAGAAAGGGUUUGGUGCUGAGAGGAGGAGCCCUUUCACUGAAUGGAACCAUUCCAACAGUGCAGGAAAAAUGCCGCAGGCAACCCCGGGUAAGGGGACCGAGAACUGUGAAGAAGACCGACUCAAAGAAUUCACAUUCAACUUCCAGAGUAACAGGAACAGCACCGAGCAUGUGGUGAGGGGGAAACUGGAUGAAAGCGUUCAAUCUGCUCUCAUGUCUUCUACGCCUUUCCAGAAGGAACAAGAGAAAAGCGAGGGCAAGACAUUCCAUUUAAUCGGGAAAAGGGAAUUAAUGGGUGCCAUCAAUCUAGGAAUGCCGUGUAAAUGUCUGCCGGAGAAGACCCAUUUUGAAGUGGUAUUUUACCGGGUUAAAGGCAAGGUCGGCUAUCGGGAUGAGGUCUCUACAGGCAAGCAAUGUGUUGUGUUCCGUGUCCGAAGCACUGGAAAGACAGGUGGCAAACUGCGGACAGGUUCAAAGCCUAUCAUCAAGGACAGGGGUCUGCGAGAGGACGGACAUGACCUGUGCGUUUACGCCUUUGAAGGUGAGACCAUUCGCGAGGCUCUGUGCAAGGAUGGGAGGUUCUCGCCAGUUAUUGCUCAGAACGUGUGGAGCCUGGUGUACGAGCACAGAUGUCUGCAGUUCACCCUCGCCGUCGAUGACCUCCGCGAUAAAUGCUUCGGCGUUCAGGUCAGCAACGAAACGUAUGCGGCGGGAAAGGAGAAUGGUGAGAAUACUGACCACGCCGGCCCCGAGGAGAAACAGGGGCAGGGCAACGCACCAGGAGAACAGGAGGUGCUGAAGUGGGAGCUGAGGAAGCAGGUUGAUGAAUAUCUGGAAAAGGAGAAAGGAGAGAAGCAUUCCAGUAAAAACUGGAAUCUACUCAAGAGAGAAUUUGGGAAGAUCGCAGUUGAUGGGGUUUCCGUCACAGUCCAUGAAAUGCUGGUGCGAUUGAGUGCAUCUGUUGGAUUUGUCAAAUGGGAUAACAAUGGGAAUAAAGGCACUGCCUCUUGCUUCUACCUUGGAAACAAAUAUAUCCUGACGUGUUUCCACGUAGUGCAGAUGGCUGUAGGAGAUGGCGUGCCUGACAAUGAGUGGAAGACCAUAAUAGAGAAGGCCAUGACCAUCAGCUUUGACUACAAGGAGAAGCACCAGCCUACCUGGGGCUGGUAUAACAUUGAACCGUGGUUUGAGGUGCAUAACCGAGACCUUGACUACGUGGUGCUGAGAUUGAAGAUCCCCAAUGAUGACCAAUCAGAACUACCUCCGGGUGUGUUGCGCACUGCAAACCCCCCUCCCUGGAAUGGAGUGGUCUACAUUAUAGGCCAUCCUAAAGGUGUUCCCAAAUCCACUGACACUUGUACGGUUAUCCCUAUUCCACAGCGAAAUAUCCAAUAUUACAUGCAGGUUUUCACAAAGUACAGUUUCAAAGAAAUCCAAAAUUCAGACACGAUCACCUACAACACCUGCUUCUUUCACGGGGCCUCUGGAUCUCCUGUGUUCGAUUCCUCUGGGAAGCUAGUGGGAAUGCAUGCUGCUGGAUAUCAGUAUCCAAUCGGCAUCAGGAGGAACAGCGUGAUCGAAUAUGGUCCAACCAUUGAAGCCAUUCUCAAUGACAUGAGGGCUCGUCAUCCAGGGUCUGACUUCAUUUCCCAAAUCCAGGAUGACGGGAACAUUCCGUGCAAAGACCAAGGAGAGGUUCCAAUGGACAUCCAGUAAAAGAACGCAACUAAAUCAGUUUCAAAGCAAACUAUCACAAUUCUCCUUCUUAUUGCAGCUGUGCCUUUCCUGCCUCAGCUUCAAUAUUAUCCCCAAACUUCGGUAAGCUGUUCUCCUCCACUUUCUACCCCUCUGUAAACUCCUGGUACUAUCCCAAUUACUUUCUGUACUCAAAUCCAAGCCUGAC